CAUGCGCAUUAGCUAUACAAACCGGGGAAAUUGCAUUUUUUAGCAUAACAUGAGUGGAUAGGAGCUGCACUGGCACGACUGGAAAUAGCCUCCCAAGAGCGUUCUAAAGAUGGUCGACAGUGGACUGACUUGCUAGAGCGACUUUGAGAGGUUGCGAAUGCGGAUAGGCGCUUUUCUGACUGCCGCAGACACAGGACGACAAGACGAGCCAAAUGAACGCCCUCGUUUCACUUUCCAGAGAUGACAGCGCCGAAAUGAUGCAGUAUUUCGAAACCCCAUCCUCAAGAAACAUGGAUACCGUUCACAGGAGAAUAUAACAGUAGUGAAAAGCUGUUACCGCGAGCUCUUAUUUUCGACUGAAUUGGAGGGGAUCGUUAGCUUACCUGGCUAGCACAGCGGUUUUUAGUCUCUGCUCCUGGGUGCCGUUUGCCCGUGGCCGUACACCAGAGAUGGGAAUCAUUUUCACAAAGUUAUGGAGGCUUUUUAACCACCAAGAGCACAAAGUCAUUAUUGUUGGGCUGGACAAUGCAGGAAAGACCACCAUACUUUAUCAGUUCUCUAUGAAUGAGGUGGUCCACACUUCACCAACUAUAGGAAGCAAUGUGGAAGAGAUUGUGGUCAAUAACACACAUUUCCUUAUGUGGGACAUCGGAGGACAAGAAUCACUGCGUUCCUCUUGGAACACUUACUACACUAAUACAGAGUUUGUUAUCAUUGUGGUAGACAGCACAGACAGAGAGAGAAUCUUAGUGACCAGAGAGGAGCUCUACAGGAUGUUAGCCCAUGAGGAUCUGAAAAAAGCUGGCUUGUUGAUUUUUGCCAACAAGCAAGAUGUGAAGGGUUGUAUGACUGUUGCUGAGAUUUCCCAGAGUCUACAGCUUACCUCCAUCAAAGACCAUCAGUGGCACAUCCAGGCCUGUUGUGCCCUAACUGGGGAGGGGCUCUGCCAGGGACUAGAAUGGAUGAUGUCACGGCUACGAGUAAGAUGACCUCUGACCUCAGAAAGCAGUGUGCUCUCUCUCUUUCCCACCGUGCGUGGAGGCCGUUGUCACUCACUGUGAAAGUUACUCAGUGACGUCACCAGAACUUGUUUCUUUAAUUUAUUACAGAUCAUUGAGAACUGUGAACAAACAAUCUGCAACUAACUUACUAAAAUAUGUCAGGACUUACAAGCAUAAACCGUGUUUUUCUGCACGGAUGGAUGUUAAAAGACUUUUAUAGGGUGGUACAGACCUUGGUCUAAGAGGACUUGUCUCUAGCUGAGUGGAUCCCUGUCUGGAGUGGCCUUGCUGCUUUGCCCAACUACCUGACAUGGUGUUACCCAGUGUGUACAGUCCAGUAUUUUCAUUUACCUUGUGCCUGCACCUGACUUUAUGUCUCCCCUGGGCUGAGGACACGAGAUACCAUGCAAGGGGAGGCUGCACUCAUGUAAAAUACAAAUAAAUAGUGUUUUUAUCUGUCAUGACAGAGGUUUCACUCUUUUAUUCUCUGCAGAUUUUCUUAUUACAGUUUAUUAUAGCUUGAUAUGAAUUUAAAGAAUAGUUGGCAGCCAAAAUUCACAAUGUUAAACUGUUUGGUUACAUUUCACAUCUUUGUUUGCUACCUCUAGGGGGCAACACAUGUUUUGCAUGGACAACUUCUAAAAUCAGUUUAACCUGUUAGCUAAUAUGUGUCAUGAAGUGUUCGUUAAGCAAGCAGAACUCACUUCAGAGCUGACUAAAAUUAAUCUGGACAUAUAAUUUAUA